UUGAAUGUGUUUACUAAGAGUAUCAAGCCGGAGAAACCUAAACCGGUUAUGGUUUGGAUAUAUGGGGGUGGCUUUCAAAUAGGUGAGGCUACCCGUGACAUGUAUAGCCCAGACUUUUUCAUGCAAAAGGAUAUUGUGCUGGUGACAAUUGCCUACCGACUUGGACCAUUUGGGUUUCUAUGUUUGGACGAUCCCAAUUUGAAAGUACCCGGCAAUGCUGGCAUUAAAGAUCAAAUAAUGGCACUACGUUGGGUAAAAGAAAAUAUCGCAGCUUUCGGUGGUGAUACCAACAACAUUACUGUUUUUGGUGAAAGCGCUGGUGGUGCGUCCACACAUAUUUGUCUGCUUAGCGAGCAGUCUAAAGGAUUGGUAAACAAAGGUAUUGUUAUGUCCGGUAGCGCACUUUGCUCUUGGGCGAAUGUACCAAACAAACGAUGGGCAUAUCGACUAGCCAAGGCCUUAGGCUACCAGGGUGAAGAUAUGGAUGCAGAUGUAUACGACUACCUGUUGAAUACAAAAGGAACUGAUCUUGUGCGUGGCAAUGGUAUGGUGCUAACAAAAGAAGAAAAACACAAUCGAACACUUUUUGCUUUUGUCCCAACUGUGGAACCAUAUUGGACGGAACAAUGUGUAUUGAGUGAACACCCCUAUGAGUUAUUGAAAAAAACGUGGAGCAAUGAUAUACCGAUCCUUAUUGGUGGCACUAGUUUUGAGGGUUUAAUUUUUUAUCCAGAAAUAACACGCCGUCCCGCAACAUUGGAUGAAGUGAAGAACUGUAAAAACCUCGUGCCAACCGAUGCCGGUUUCGAACGUGAUUCGGAAAAGGCCGAAGCUUGUGGUCUACAACUAAAACGCACUUAUUUCGGCGAUGAGGAGUGUUCGCGUGCCACAAUGAUGAAGUUUUUGGAGCUGAAUUCCUAUCGUGAAUUCUGGGUACCCAUAUAUCGUACUGUGCUCGCUCGUCAACGUUACAGCACCGCACCGACAUAUGUGUAUCGCUUCGAUUAUGACUCGCGCGAUGGUAAUGCCAUACGUAAUAUUCUCUGCGGUCGCGAUGUUCAAGGCACUUGCCAUGGAGAUGAUCUCUGCUAUCUCUUUUAUGCUUUAUUUUCGCAUAAGCCGACGAAGGAUUCCAAAGAGUAUGAAAUUACGCGCACCAUGGUUGAUAUAUGGACCAGUUUCGCGGCGAAUAGUGACCCGAAUUGUGAUAUGUUGGAAGAUCUGAUAUUCGAACCGGUCACACACGACGUGGGCGACAUUAAAUGCUUGAACAUUAGUGAGAAAAUAGAAUUAGUGGAAUUGCCUGGCAUGGACCAGAUCAAAGUGUGGAGUCAAUUUUAUGCGCCGGAAAAACUAUAAACGGACUGCGAUGCAGGGAGCUUUCAUUGCUGCGUGGCCGAUUGUCUACCUCAAUGUUAUUAACUUUUUAGACAGCAUGCUUUCAAUCUUAUCUGUUAAGUAUAUAUUUUGUAUUACUACGGAUGGCUUUUAAAAUGAAAUGAUUUCAAGCAUAAAGCUGGCAAUUUUUAAUCUUUGUCAAUUGUAAAUAUUGUAAAUUUUAAUAACUUACAUAAUUAUAAAGUUUAGUCUUAAAGACAGUGUUUCGGUGUGAAAAGUUAAGGUUAUUCCUUGUUAUAGUGUAAUACUUUUAGCUGUUAUAGAAAAAAUAAAUUUAUGGUGAGAUUUAUAAUUUAAAAUUUAAAAACUAAUGAAA